UCCAGUCGCUUUCUGGCUUCACUGCAGUGCAUUACGCAGAGCACAGGUCCUGCAUCGUAUCCAGCAGAGACAGACAGGGCUUCUCUCGGUUCCAGGCAGUGGACCAUGAAGAUGUCAAUUUUAUUUUCACUUUGCAUCUUUGCUUUCCCUGGCUUUUCCCAGGGCAGGGUUGUUGGAGUGGAUGAAGCUGGCUUUGCCGAAUGCAAUAAGUUCUUUUAUGGAGAAACCCCACCAGAAGGAUUUACGGAGUCUUUCCAUGUGAAAAUCUGUCAGCAGUACAACAAAGAGCCACGCUUCGCAACGCUCUACAGCACGGAGGACAAGACCCCUCUUUAUUCCGCUUUUACAUACACAAAAGCAGCUCAGAGAGGGGAGGAGAGCUGGCUGGUUGAACCGCAGAUAGAUGAUCCUGGAAAUGACUUGGAGGAAAUGGUGCAUGAAGCUGUUGCUGUUGGCUCAGUGAACAACCUUGGAGCAAACCAAGCCCUGACCACAGACUAUGUGGACUCUGGUUAUGAGAGAGGGCAGCUAAACCCCAGUUCCCUCAAUGAAGAUGAUUUCCAGCUAGCCACAUACACCCUUACUAAUGCUGUCCCUAUGACUCCCUCUCUCAGUGAAAGCUGGCACAAGGACCUUGAGAAUAUAGUAGAGCAAGCUUUGGCCCCACAUUGUGAAAACGGGGCUCGCCUGUAUCUUGUUGCAGGUGCUGUUCCAUCCAGCCUCAGAGUUAAAGACAAGGUGUCCAUACCAGAGUUUCUCUGGCUGGCAGCUUGCUGUGAUGCUCCAGAGGUAUGGUCUGUGGGCUUUCUGAAACGUCCGAGUGGUGAAAACAGUAUAGAAGACCUGUCUGUGCAAGAGCUGGAGAAGCAGCUUCCUUCAGGAGCUCACUUGUUUAAGAGCAAUUGUGGGGGAGGCAGCCAAAGCCAGGAGAAAAUGGAAACUAUAUUGCAAACCAUAAACCAGAUCCAGUCUGAAGAGCCCAUAGUGCAAACUACGGCCGGGAGAGUCGGCUGGCACAAGCGCGAAGAGGCCAGCCUGCUGAAAAGAGUAGCCGGCAUCGUUGCGGCUCCUUUCACCAAGCUGCUGAGAAUCAUCGGCUAUGUGUUGGUGGAGGUGGUGAGAUACACGUGUUAUUUCCUAUGGUAUGUCGUCAAGCAGCUCGGCAACACUGCAAUGGGCGGACUCCACCGCUUAUGGAACGGAGCAGUGUCCUAUGGCAAAGAAAUCAGCACAGUGCUGGUGAACAUCCCCAGGGACGUGGCCAAGGUCGCAGCAAACAUCAUCAUGGGCUUUGUCCGGAUCUUCCAGAACACCCUGAGCCUCAUCUACAGGAUUCUCAGCGUCCCCAUUGGACUCUUCCUUCAUAUCCUGGCUUUCCCCUUGGACACUCUCUGUGCCGUUCCCAUCGUCCUCAAAGAUAUGGCCGCUGGAGUUGGCGGCACUUGCUCACUCGUUGUCGAUGCCACAGCUGCCAUGAUGUCCGGCUUUUAUUACAUAGCUACUCACCUAGGCAAAAAGUUUGUCCCUAAGCUCUCUUCUGAUGACUGAUAGGGACGGCAAACAGAACUGCACAGACAUGUGGUGAAAGAAAAGUGGGGCAAUAUGUUCUGAUAUGGGACCAGUGCUGACAAUUCUUGUUGGUAUUUAUUGCAGUGACAUUAAUAACACCAAACCAAUCUGGUGAUCACAUGGAGGGCCUCUGGCACUUCAAAAGGGGAUUCCAUUACAAAUCGACUUCCACUUAUUGUAAAGUGUUCAGGGUUUCAACCGGGGUGACAAGCUGUCUGUGGAUUUCAAGGCCAAUGUCAAGCUGCUUCCGCUUUGAGACACCCUGAGUGUAGCACAAAGUUAUUCCUUCACUACUAAAAUAGGAAAAUGCUGAUGCCUGUUCAUGGGCAGUGCUACAAAGGCACAGCAGAAGCAUGUGUCCAUUGGUGCGGGUAGAUAAGGGGCUUAUGCUGACCCACCCCUCUGCUAGGAUUAUUGCAUGGGAAGAAACCACAUAGAGAUUAAUUCUGCCUUUAGUUGCACUAUUGACUUCAGUGGGGUUUUGUGGAAGGAACUGAGGGCAGAACUUGGGCUGGUGUGUUUUAGCUGAUAAUUCUCAUCCCUUGGCCUUAGCUGAUAAUUCUCAUCCCUUGGCCUUUCAAGGCAGCUGAAAUGGAUGGAAUGGCCCUUAGUGAGAGUAAAUCACAGUUACCAGUUGCUUGGUGGGGUGUGGGGGGAUAUUUAUCAUUUUCCUUAACUCCCCAUAACCUUUUAAACUGACCAUUGGUACCAAACAAUUAUCCAAGACCUGAGGUCUUUAUUCAGUGUGGGCCCGAUCCAAAGCUCAGUGAAGUCCAAAAUAGUCUUUCUACUGGCUUUGGAUCAUACCCUAAUACCCCAAACAAACCCCCGCCCCCCGUUGCCUCCGAUUAGAGACCAAAGUCUCCCAAAUACGUGCUUCCAUGCCAACUCAUCUGGAAAGCUCUGCAAGAUUUGGGACUCAGUUGCUUUCGCCCUUUUUUUUCUUUUAUGUGCACUGGGAGCCUGACUCAGCUGCAAGGAACCCUCCACCCGUGUUUCGGGCUGAGGCGACAAAUACGUGACUGUAUCAUCCUGGUUGGUCUGAACAAACACAGUCAGUGCAAGGCCUUGCAUGCAAUGACAAAGGGCAGAGGAGCAACACUAAUGAUGAGGGGCCAGGUUCUGCCACUCUAACGCUGAGUAAUCUCUCACUCCGCAAGAAUACGCAUUGACUUACAGGGAGGCUAUCUGCAGUGUGAGGGAUGAAUCGGCGUGAGCAAGGGUGGCAGAAUUUGGCCCUAGGAAGGCUGGUUGAUACCUGGCAGUGUUCUGUCUCCCGCCUACCUACAUCCAGUGAGAGGGGAAGCAGAUCUGAGGAACCAGCCUGUGGUCCUCAUGCACCCCAAACUCCCAGUGAAGUCAGGUUGGAAGGUUAUGGAAGUCCAUGGGGGUGAGCUAGGAAAGCAGGAUGAGGCAGAAGUCCAUCAGGCUGGGGAAAUGGUGAUCUGCAGCAUCCUGCAGUAGGUUUGGGGCAGGGGGGUUGGUCACUCGCACUAAGUUAGCUCAUCAGGGCUGGUGCAGGCAAAAUUGGUAGGGGCAGUAGGCCCCAGGGUGGACGAGGCCUCAACCCAUCAGUGACAGGUUGAAGGGCGGGCGUGACUGUAAUUGUCCCAGUGACACACAGUGUGAAACACAAGCUGCUUGAUGCUAAUGGAGCUUGAGGGGAACCCGGGCUCCUGUCACUUUAUCACAACAGCACUUGUGCCCCUCCUCCUGCUGACAGGACAUACCCAUCCACUAGCUCCCAGACCCUCCACAAGUGCACAUCCCAGUGCUGGACACCUCCCCUAUUGUCCUCUGUCCCCCUGGAGAUCCCCCAGCCCCAAGCAGGCAUGCCAUUGGAGUCUGGGUGAGUGGUGACUCACUGCAUCUGGAAUACAGCAGCGGGCAGAUGAGAUCCUAAGCAAAGGGCUUUACAGGGGAGGUCACAGUUUAGCUCAACCGAGCCCCCCUCCAAACUCAGUGGUCCUGCAUACUAAGGGGACAUGGUGCAGGGGCACGAUCUGUCUGCUCCCCAGUAAACAAGGGCCUAUCUUCAGCUCAGCUUACACCUCCCCUUGGAAAGGCAAUCAGGGGAAGCAGUUUUGGUUUCUUGUUACCGUAUAAGCUUUGUCCCUUGAGAGUGAUCCUUGCUGACUGCCUCAGCAUUUGCUUCUGUUGAUUCAGUCUGCAAGCACACAAAUGCGGUAAGAAGUUGUAGAAGAGACAUGCACUGACUCUCCUCAUAGUUCCUUCACAUCACGCCCUGUGCAUUUUUUAUGCAUGACUAUUCUGCUGUAUUUUUAUGUAGCUCAUCUAUGCUUUUACAUUUGUGGGCAUAACUCUAUGCAAAGUCUCUGCUGGGAGGAUCUGGCUGUUCUGUUACAUGCUACUUGGGAGCAGUUCUGGAUUUGAGAAAACGUUAUUACAAUAUGUGUCAGCGUUCCUACCAUUUCUAUUUAAUGACAGGCUGAAUUUGGGGGGAGUAGUUGGCUCAGAUUCUAGCAGUGGAAUAAAGAAACUCUGGCUGGUUCAAAUCCAGCCCAGCUUAAUCAUGACUCAAAGUUAUUACCCUGGCUUUGGGAUCUGUGUGGAACAAAUUAUGUGUCCCAGACCAGUUCCUAGCAAACAGCCCAACAUAUCUUAGCAGCAGAGAGGCCAUGGAGUGAAUGGACUUGGAGAUCAAUGCCACCUGUCACUCCUAGAGGUGAUCACUCCAGGUCAGGGUAGAGGCAUAUGGGGAAGUUUACACUUUACUCCCCGUGCUGCACCUGAUCCCUGGAGAAACAGAGGACUCUGGGGUUGUCAAUCCAACAUGCACAAUAUUGGUCCCAAAUCCCAUUGGUCAUUUCUUACUAUGCUACACGUCCAAGCAGUCUAUAGAGAAACUGCCUAAACACAGAACAAAUAUUGCAGAACAGCUAUGCACAGCUGUAAACUGGCUGUCGUUUGAGAUUAGCCUUAUCUGGGCAUGACAUAUGGUGUGGGAGCUUGACCUUAUCCUCAGAGCUAUGUGGUAUUAACAAAAUUAAAGUGACUUUGAAAAAAGAAAGACUUCAUAUUACAUUGCUGGGGAUCGUUACGAUUAAGACUGCUGACACAACUCAAAGGGCCAUACCUAACUGGGGGAAAGAACAGUGUUGUAGUUUCAAUUUGUUGCUGCACUACUCAGCAUCUGGUGGUGUUAUUAACAAUAUUUUGUGCUUCUGUAGCACCUUUCAUCUGAAAAUCUCAAAGCACUUUAUACAGCUUAGUUAAUUAAGCCUUGCCACAUACUCGUGAAAUAGGUGAAGGAUGAAGAUUAUAGAGAUGCACAUGCCCCCCCUGCCCCAUACAUUAUCUAGAGAGGGAGAUCGAGAGAGAGAGAUCAUUUUAUUCAUCAUGAAAUGCAACUAUCUCUGGGGUGAAUCAUGGCAGUUAUUUUUUUAGCACCGUAACAUUGCACAGUAAUUUAGGACAGGAUGAAAAAUACAGUAAACAGCUGAAACUGGAGUGGGGAAUGUAGGGAGGCAGGAGCCAAAUACCUGAGUUGGAUAUUGGCCAGAACAAUGUAGUUAUACCAACCAAACCAAGCCAUUAUACCAACCAAACCAAACCAAACCAAACCAACCAUGUUCUCUUUAGUGACCAUGGAGGUCAGGACUUUAGUUUUGUGUCUCAACUAAAGAAAAAAAAAACAUGCGGGGGCACUGACUCCAGUUCUGACACAGAAAGAAGAGUGCCACUUCCUGCAACAUCUGUUCCACUUCCUGCAGCACUGAUGUUUUCUUGGAAAGUGCACUAUCCAAACCCUGACCCACCUUGCUUAGCUUGUGAGAUCGGAGAGCAUUCACAGCAUGAGAUGGGAGGGAGAUUUUUCCCAGGCACAAAUGGCAGUUGGGCACCCAACACCCACUGUCCUUCCAUGGCAGCUGGGCACUUACUUGCCACCUGUGCCAUUGUGCCUGAUCUGGAUAGAGUUAAUGGCCCUGUGACGGGGUGGUGGAACCCAGUCCAGUGCAGGGUGAGUGCACCCCCUCCUCUAAGCUGCCCUCUACCGCAGGAUGGUGAGGUAUAAUGGCUAGAGUCAAUAUAAUUUGCCACUGGAGCGUAUAGCCUAGUGGUCAAAGCCAAUUCAGCUGUCCUUGUCCUCUGGGCUAGCAGACCUAAUGGCAAGGGUCAAUACAGAUGCCCCCUCUCAAGGCUGAAUGGCCCAAUGGCCAGAGUCAAUAGGACGGCCCUGCCUCUCAGGGCUGUGCGGCCCAACGGCCAGAGUCAGUAGAGUUGCCCCCGCUUGUGGGGUUGUAAGGCCUAGUGCCCACAGUGAGUAGAGUUGCCUUUGUCCACAGGGUGGUAAGGCCUAGUGACCAGAGCCAAUGGGGUUGCCCUUAUCUGCAGUGCGGCAAGGCCUACCAGUCAGAACCAAUGGGCUUUGUGGCCAGAGCCAAUGGGUAGGGGGUGACCAGAGAUGGGGGACCUGGACCCACCCUGCUCCACCGGGUCCCGGCCCAGGGCCCUAAUAGUGGUGAGGUGUUCCACCACUGAGUCAGCAGAACUCCAACCGAAACAUGCCGACUUCCCUCAGGACUCUAGCUAGUUCCUAGCAGGUCUCUUGAAGCAGUACUCAAGGUGUUGUCGUGGUCUCCAGGCUUCUCAGUACAUCCACAGGUAGCCGGGUGUCUGUCUGAGUCUCGGUGCCUCUGGCUUCCGCGGUUAGGGGUUCCCACUGCUCCCAGGCUGCAUCCUGUAAGAUGCGUCCUUCCUCCUCAGCGGUCAGCCCAGACUGAACUAGGCUGUUCCCUUUUAUACUAGUACUGCAUUUGGAGCAUGCCCAGUAGGGAAGUGGGGGUGUGACUUCUUCAGCCCACAAUAAGGAGUUAACCCUUUCCCAUCCAGUGCGGAGUGAGUGUGCCCCAUUACAGGUCCAUAAAAGUAUCCAGUUCUUUUUAGUUUUAGUGCCUGUGCAAGAUGCUGGUUUAUCAGCCCUACAUCAAGACUGGACAAAGUUCUAGAAAAGAAUGAAUCAUCAGUGCUUAUGUGCUGGUUUAUGUCUUCCAGGGGGGUUAUGAAUAUUGGCCCAGAUUCACUUGCUCUGGUGCCAGGCCAGGUGAAUUAAACCCUCUUAUGCCAGCCUGGGCAGUGAAGCUGCUUGUUCUCCCUGGGCUUCUGUUGGGGAGGACCAGCUUUAACCACUGUCAGAUACAUUUACAUUCCCUUUGAAUUUGGCCCAUAGAGGUGACUCACCUCCCCUAAGUCACAGAGACAGUCAGUAGCAGAGCCUGUAUUGGACCCCAAAAGCCCCCAGUCCUGUGUUCCGCUCCCCAGGUCACACCUCUCUUGAAGCUACCCCUAACAGAGCGCCUUUUACAGAUAAACACCUCUACAUGGGGCUACAAACUAUUACUUCAGCCCUCCAUGGAGGACCAGCUGCUCAGAUUCAGGCUAGUUUUAUUCACAAGUUAUCACCUUGGCCUAGUCAAUGCCAAAAAAAAAUCACUUACUGAAAAAUAAAUACAAGUGUAACUAGUUUGGCCAGAAAGGGUUAGCAGACAGCACAACAUCCAAGGUGUGUCUGUAGUAUGCCUGGUAUGUCAGGAACUGGUACUGUAUGUUCAACAUGACAGGAUAUAUUGUAGCUGCAUAUUCUUAGUUUUAUCCAGCACUGGAUACCAUCUGUCAUUCAUUUCAAUGAAACAGCCAUUUUCAGCUAAGCAAAUAUCUCUAAGCAGACAGACCUAUGGAGUUUCCACAUUUGUGCUAAUACUGCAGUCAAGGGCCUCUAGACAAUGUGGUAAGCUGGCUCUGAAUUCUUCCGCAAGGUUCCUGGAUUCUGCAGUAGCUUCCUUCUAAUUAAUACAUGUACGUGUUUAAACUAAUUAAAUAUGGAAAUGAAUAGAA